UCCACAUGGGAGUCAUGUUGAUAGGGGCGACUGAGCAAUUCACAGCCGCUGCCUGCCAGCGCCGUUCGCGUUAGUGUUGUCUCCAAGCCGGAGCUAGUGCGCAGCGUAAUAACGAUGGCGUGUGCCCAUCCGCACAAGCCUUCCCUCUGUGAUCGUCGUUGGUGGCACUGCAUACCCUCAACCCCUUCGCCCUCCGCCACACUCUGAUUUGGUUCUCUCCAGUCUCAGUCUAGAAUUCUGAAGACUCGAAGGGAAUGAAGCAGGACUGUUGCAGUAAAUGGCAACCCCAACACAAAACAGGUCUGCAUGCUGCAGCAGUGACGACCAGUUACACGACGACAGCUCAAAACAAGAGCCACCAAGCUCUCCCAGCUGUUUCCUGGUCAAGCCUCCAGCUACCAGUCCUCGUCUUUAAAGUCCUCGUCUUCAAAGUCCUCGUCUUUAGCCAUACACCAUCACCCCAGCCUACGUACUUCACUAUAGAUCUCCAAAGAUCCCAAACCCAGAGCACGAACCACCCGGAUCUGCGCCCGUGGCACUGGAGCGCCGAAAUAUCGAGCCUUUGCCACGCUGUGGGAAGUGGGAAGUCAGCCACGUCAAGCCCCUCCGAGCCCGCGUCAUGCACCCCGCUUCCGGCUGCUGUGUGGUCGGGGAUGCGGGCGACGACGGGCGUGUCAAAACACAGAUGCGACUCUGCUGUGCCCCUCCGUGUCGGAAUCCUGAGUACACCCUGUGCUGCGAUGCAGCGCAUGUGAACGAGAAUUGAGCGCUCUCCCGUGAGACAGCGAGCCCGAUCCGGCAGGCGCGAUGUAGUACGAUUCCGCAUGGGGUGGCGGCGGAGUGGCAGACGCAGAGUGGCUCGACACUCAUGACCUUACUGGGCAGUGAGGGCGGUCAGGCUCGAAGGCGCAUUCAGAGCUAUGAA